AUGGAGAUUAUGGGCAUAAAGACACUCAGACACUUCAGGGGAAGAUUCGAGCAGCAAAAUACAGCAGUCCCUUUGGGCGGCCUGGACCAGGUCCGGUCGUCCCUGAAGGAUAUGUUGCAGCUGCCGUUGGUUUAUCCAGAGACCCUGAUGUCCCUGGGUCUGUCCUGCCCCAGAGGAGUGCUGCUGGUGGGGCCUCCUGGAGUGGGAAAGACUCAGUUGGUCCGCAAUGUGGUUCGGGAGGUGGGGGCCAGCGCCGUGGUGGUCCAGGGGCCAGAGAUCGUGGGAGCGCGGCCCGGUGAGAGCGAGGAGAAGCUUCGUGCCGUGUUUGCGAACGCUCGGUCGGCGGCUGAAGAGGGACCGUGUGUCCUGUUCCUGGAUGAACUGGACUCUCUCUGUCCGCGGAGAACAGGUUCCACCGCUGCAGAGAACAGACUCGUGGCCCAGCUCCUCACGCUGAUGGACGGCAUGGACCAGACCCAGCGCUUCCUGAUCGUCGGAGCCACAAACCGACCGGACAGCCUGGACCCCGCGCUGAGACGCCCGGGGAGGUUCGACAGAGAGGUGAUCAUUGGGGCCCCCACGCAGCAGCAGAGGAGGGACAUUCUGUGCGUUUUGUGGGAGAAGAUUCCAGUCUGUUCGUCUGUGAACUCUGAAGAACUAGCUCAGCGGACGGUGGGGUACGUGGGAGCGGAUCUGAGUGCAUUGUGCAGAGAGGCGGCGAUGAACAGCAUACGAGAAACAGCAAAGGGUUCAGGAGAGCAGACUGUGACUAUGAAACAUUUCACUGAGGCCCUUAAAACAGUGGGUCCCUCGUGUUUAAGAAGUAGUCUAGGAAAGACUGAAGUGGCCCCUGUUUCCUGGGACCAGAUCGGAGGAUUGGACAGCGUUAAACUCAAACUCAGACAGAGUAUAGAGUGGCCGCUGCUGUACCCUGAGGCGUUCAAGAGGCUGGGUUUGUCUCGUCCUCGCGGGGUGCUGCUGUACGGUCCUCCUGGAUGUGCUAAGACCACGCUGGUCCGUGCUGUAGCCGCCUCCACCCACUGCUCCUUCCUGUCAGUCAGCGGGGCCGACCUCUACUCCCCCUAUGUGGGUGACUCAGAGAAGGCACUGGCUCAGCUGUUCCGUCAGGCCCGCUCCUGCACUCCCUGUGUCUUGUUCCUGGAUGAGAUCGACUCUCUGAUUGGCUGUCGGACGCAGGGGGCGGGCUCUAGCAGCGUGCAGACUCGGCUCCUGGCGGUGCUGCUGAACGAGAUGGACGGAGUCGGACUGAAGACGGACGAGAGACGCGGAGAACGAGUGCUGCAGGCUGAAGGAGAGCUACACGAGCAACAAGAGCUGGACUCUGAGGAGGUGUGUAACUCUGAGGUGAUGGUCGUCGCUGCCACAAACCGACCGGACGCUCUGGACUCGGCGCUGCUGCGACCGGGACGACUCGACCACAUCAUCUACGUCCCACCACCGGAUCAGGAGAGCCGUCUGUGCAUCCUGAAGCUGUGCACCAAGUCUAUGCCUGUUUCUGAUGACGUCUGUUUAGAAGAACUCGCUCAAAAGACAAACCUUUUCUCUGGAGCUGAUCUACAAAAUCUCUGCAAAGAAGCAGCGCUGUUGACUCUUCAGGAAGAAUCCAUGGAAGCGUCAUCUGUUCAGCACAAAUACUUUCUGAAAUCUCUGAGUAAAAUGACGCCGUCUCUCACAGCGCAGCAGAUCCACUCGUCCCACAAUCCACAUGCAGAAUGUGAACCGUUUAGGGAAGAAUAA